CACCUUUCUUUCGUUUUGGCCAUGCAACUCUACGCUCAGCCAGUCGAAGCGCCAUGGCGACCCAGCCGUGUCGCAACACGUCGCGGCCGGAGCAAACCGAGCGACUGGCGACGGACCCAAUGGCGACUUUGUUCAUCAGGGGUGGUGGCUGCUCUGGCUCGCAAGGUGAGCACGAGGGUGAUGCAACGCAUUCAAUACAGUGAUGGUAUUUCCAUUGGCGGACGGCCAGCUUCGUUGUGGUCUGUGGGAGAAGAUGGCAAAGAACUGUCUGCGUAUCGCUAUGCCUUCAGUGCACGCAAGCUGGCCCUCAGUAUACUAGGUUGGCCUCUAGGCUCUUCGUCGGAGGUGGAACUCCCGGUGGAGGGCUUGUUGCAGGUGGAGGAGCCGGCCGUCAUGAGUCGUGCAGUGGUUUUGGUGCACGGCCUUUUGUGCUCCAGACUCGACAUGGCUCACAUCGCAGAGGACUUGUGCCGCAGAGGUUUCAGCGUUUUGGCGCCUGAAAUGGAUGAUUCUGUCAGCCAUGAGACCGAGCUGCAAUGUGAAUAUGUUGGGCUUUGGCAUGCUUUAGCCUGCAAGAAAGGCCAUGGAAAUGUAGAAACCACGAGAUCCUGGUCCACUUUGGUCACGUCGUCAAUGUUGGGUGACCAUGCACUGCAGCUCGUUCUGCGCUCGUUGUCCGCGCUCGUUCAGGAAGAGGGCAUUGUGCCGGGUGGCUUCGUGGGGUCCUUACUGGCACGAGAAGACGCAGAAGAGCGACGACUUCAAGUCUUACAGGAGGCGAUCUCCUGGCUGCGAGCGCGCGGGGCGAACGAGGUCGGCUUAGUCGGCCACUCCCGUGGCGGUGUGACGAUCUCUCAACUCGAAGGAUGCUUUUGCCGAGUGAACAUUGCAGGUUUUCAGCCGCCGCAAGUGGAUCCUGAAGAUAUCUUCAGAGCCAAUGCCCUUGGGCCGAUGCUGAUCAUUUGUGGUUCAGAGGACGAGGUCUGCACUCGUCCUCCAUUGUCCAUGAAAUAUGUGCAAGAGACGGUCCAGAGAUUGCGACCCGAAGCGGAGAGCUUCUACCCGAGUGGCGUGACGCACUUCAAUCUACUGAACCCCAAAGUCGUCGAAACCUGGCGCACCACG